AGUGUUGAAUACGAUUCGAUGCAGGCACGCAUACCGUUUUUGAGUCGUUUGGGUCGCAGUGUGUGUCUUCAGUUUGUUGUAUGACCAGUUUUGUUUUUCUCGUCGUUGAAGCGAGUCGCAUCGCAGCAGGAAAAAUAACUGAAAGAUCAGCAAGACAGCACGACAAGAAUUAGGUUUUUUUCUCUCUCGUGAAUUUCAAAUGUCAUCUCAGUAGUGUGUUAGAAGUUUUUCAAAUUUUCACUCGGAAAAAAUUAACGAAUUUUUUUUUCUUCUGAAAUUUUUUCUCUUUCGAUCAUAACUUAAAAUAUUGGGAUUAUUUGCUAUGACUAAGACAAUUUAUCAGUUCAAGUGGUGAACGAAAAGUGCUUGUGAACAUUUAACAAGACUCUGUUUUUGGAGACAAUUUGAAAGAAGUGUGAAACAUUUUUAGAAAAAGAACCAUCAAGUGUUGAAAUAAACUAUCCUUCGAUAAAUUUAAAUAUUAUUUUAGUUUCGUGAGCAAAACAUUGGAACAAAGAAAAAAUAAACUUUGAAAGAACAAUUUUGACUAGUGUUUUGAAGGGAAAAAAAACAGACAAAUUAAACAUGAUGAUGAAUGCAUUUAUGGAGCCGACGGCUCCUCCACAUCAUGCACAAUUGGCGAGCUAUGGUUUGAAAAUGUCGCCGCCACCAUCGUUAGCUAACGAAAAUAUUGGCAGUGGUAUGCUUUCAUCGGGUAUGAUGAAUGGAAGUGGCAGUGAUCACAGUGCCGUCGGUAUUUCGAACAACACAAAUUACCAAGCAUCCAGCUAUGGUCCGUGUGCAGCUGCAACGGCUCCAUAUCCAACAUACGGUCGUGAUUAUUUGUUAAAACGUGAUCAAGAUUAUUUCUCGAUAGCUGGCCAAACGGCAAACGCUGCUGCCACUCCAGAUCCAGUAUUGUUCACGGGAAUGCAUCAUGCGAUGCAUGAAAACCAGUUCAGUUCGUAUCAUCAGCAUCAAAUGCGAAUGGGCAUUGGAAGUGGUGCAGUCAGUUCAUCGGUCAGCGGACAGAUUCCAGCUGCACCGGUACCACAGCCAGCAACUUCAUCCGUUACACCAUCGGCUGGUGCGGCUCCACCGGAAUAUAAUCCAUACCAUUCACAUGCACAACACAAUUAUGCAUCGGUAAUGCAUGCCCACAACAUUGCCUAUUUCCCAAUGAAUUCGGGAGCUGGUGCAGGCGCUUUCAAUCGAUACAUGCGUCAGCCGAUCAAACAAGAAAUGCAAUGCCAAUGGGUUGAUCCAGAAACAACCACUAUCUCACACCAUCAUCCACAUCAUCCACACUUCCACAGCCUAGGAAACAACAAUAACAAUAACAACGGUUCGUCGGGAGCAGGACGCAAAUGUGGCAAAGUAUUCCAUACAAUGCACGAUAUCGUUACACAUUUGACGGUGGAACACGUCGGUGGGCCAGAGUGUACAACACACGCUUGCUUCUGGGCUGGUUGUGCACGAAAUGGACGACCAUUCAAAGCCAAAUACAAGUUGGUCAACCAUAUUCGCGUUCACACGGGCGAAAAACCCUUCGCGUGCCCAUUCACUGGGUGCGGCAAAGUUUUCGCAAGAUCGGAAAACCUGAAAAUUCACAAACGCACCCAUACUGGCGAGAAACCAUUUAAAUGCGAACACGAAGGAUGCGACAGACGAUUUGCCAACUCAUCGGAUCGCAAAAAGCAUUCGCAUGUGCACACUUCAGACAAACCAUACAAUUGCCGCGUUGGCGGUUGUGAUAAGUCUUACACGCAUCCAUCAUCGUUGCGAAAACACAUGAAGGUUCAUGGAAAUCUAGAAGAAAAGUCUCCAUCGCAUCAUUUCGACAGUGAAAAUGAGGAUGAUUCGAGUUCGUCAUCGAUUAUAACGGGCGGUGCACAAACGCCACCAUCUGCAAACCGGUUGGGUCACAACACCGAUGCAAAUUCAUUGAAAUCACACACGCCACUGUCCAUCAAAUCGGAGCACAGUUCAGCACACACAAGAUCUCCGUCAUCGGGCACAUUGGCUCCAUCGAAUAACAAUAACAAUAACAACAACAAUUUGCCAGGAAGUACCUCGUUGUGCAUGCCACCAGCCUCACCGUAUGGUGUAAAUACGAAUUUGGCACCACCUCUUAGUGCCAGCCAUCAUUUCAACCAUUCGAAUCCAUUGCUUUACCAUCAACACCACACACAUCAUCACCAUCAUCCAAGCAACGAUUGGUAUCAUCAUUCGGCAGCCGUUGCAGCCGCUCCACCAACCGACAUUAGCCAUCUCAACCAUUUCACUCAUCAUCCACAUUUGAUGCACCAUGCAACUGCUUAUUGAACUUUUGACACCAACGACAACCCAACUGGUUUUUACUGAAACACAAUUUUUAACCGAUCCAAAUACAAUAAGCAUACGUAACACAUUUUUCUUUCCUUUUGUAAUCAACGAAUCAAGUCAUUGAUACAGUACCGCUUUGUGCCUGCUAAAUGCAUCAUUUCAAUUGGCAAAAUUCACAACGUUUUUUAUUUUUAUUUUGGUUUUUCACACCACUUUGUUGAUGAAAUGGCUCAAGAGACAUGAAGAAGUAUCGUUCAGAUGGAAUGUUUUAGCGCUCUUUGUUGGAUAUUUGAUGUACAUACUUUGCUUUUCAACUGAAUCGAGUAAUUUAAUGGAUUCAAGAAAUUAAUGGAAGAGAAUACACACACAAACAAAAUAUUGUAUUGGACAUGAUGAACGUUCAUGCUACGUAAAUAUUUUAAUUUUAAACAAUUUUAGCUUAUAAGUACCUAAACAUUUCAAUUUCUUUAGUUUAUUAUUAUUUUAUUAUCACCCUCCUCAAUUUAAAUUGUAUAGUGUAAGAACUAGAGCCAAAAACAAAACAAAUUAUUCUAUUAGCAUGUGGCUGAUGGCGCUAUUUAUGUAUAUAUUUGUAGUGUUUGCGAACAAAAAUGCCCGCAAAAACAUUUAUUGAGAUUUGAAUUAAAUGUAUACUAGACGCAUAACAAAAAGCAUAAAUUAUCCGAAUGAAAAUGUUUGAAGAUGAAGAAAAAUCCCAUAUAAUACUUUAGCGAGUAACUAUCUAUAUAGUAUUCAAAUACUUUAUUGCAAAUUUAGAUGUGAAAUAAAUCGAGAUGUUGUAAAUUUAA